UCAACUUCCACUUAUAUUCUUCUGUUUUCCCCUGUAUUCCUUCUUCUUCCUGGAUCAAAAAUGGCUCGACGAAACCACACGACCGAGCUAGGCUCCAUAGCCUGCGACGACCUCACCGAACUGGGUGCUGGAAAGGAGGGCUGGCUCGUUGACAACCCUAACCUCCUCACCGCACUCGACACUCACUCUCUCGCCAUCGCUAACCACUCAGUUGUCCUUGUUCUUGACUGGUCCGAUGGAUCCGAUCCAACCGGACCUCGAGUCAAGAUUCGACCCACUCUCUCCCCGAUCGAGUCCGAAUACAUAUCUUCAGUUGAAUGGUUGGUCUUCGACGAUAUUCGAGUUCUUGCCCUAGGGACCUCUUGUGGGUACUUGUUGAUUUAUUCUCUUCGAGGCGAUCUCAUUCAUAAGCAGAUUGUAAAUCCUGGACGAAUUCUUAAGUUAAGAGUCCGUGGCACAAAGAGAGAUCUCACAGAAGAUACAUCAUCUGCAGAGAUUUGUGUUGUAAUGCCUGGUGUGGUUGCUCGUUUUGAUGGAUCUGAAAUCCAGAGUAUGUUGCAGCGAUGGUUUCAAGAAACACACUCUCAGUUUUGGGAUCAAAAGAAAAAUCCUGUUGAUUCUGGGAGUUCCAAUGUAAGACUACCUUACCAGCUAUGGAAUGUUAACAAGUAUGGGUCAUGUGCUGAUGCAGCAAUAACUGGCAUAAUGCCGCCUCCGCUGAUGGAACUGCAGUCAAGUCAACGUUAUUAUUGUGCAGUCACUAUUGGAGAUGAUGCUGUGAUUUCGGCAUUCAGACUAUCAGAGGAUCGAAGCAGGUCUUUAGUGGGAGCUAUUCUGUCAAAAGUUGUGCCAGCAACAUUUUCAACAAUAGCUUCUUUUUCAAAAAUGAUAUGGCGGAGUGACCCAAAAUCAACAACAAAGUCAGAAGCAAAACCCCAACCAUUUGCUCGAGCUUCUCCUCUUACAUGUUUGAAGGAUCACCCAAGGAAGGGUGAGAAACUUACUUUAUCACCUAGUGGUACAUUGGCAGCAAUAACGGAUUCGCUUGGCCGUAUACUUCUUUUAGAUACUCAGGCACUUGUUGUAGUGCGGUUAUGGAAGGGAUAUCGUGAAGCUAGCUGCUUGUUUAUGGAAAUGCUAGUCCAUAGAGAUAGUGCAGCAUCAAGUUCUGCUUAUUAUGAACAUGUGAAGAGUGAUUAUUGCUUGUGCUUAGCCAUUCAUGCACCUCGCAAAGGGAUUAUUGAGGUUUGGCAGAUGAGGACAGGACCCCGUCUUCGCACUAUACCAUGUGCCAGGGGGAGCAAAAUACUGCAACCCACCUACAGAUUUGGGUCAUCCUCCAUAUUGUCUGCAACGUAUGUGCCUUUGGAAGUUUUCUUGUUGAAUGGGGACUCAGGUCAAUUAUCAGUUUUAAAUCGAUCUCUUGAUUGAACAUAUAUUCCUCCAGAAUAUAUUUUCUUCGCCCUUGAUUUCCAUGUAGAGAACAUGAAAUUGUGCUAGGUCAAGAUCAUAUUUCUUGGUUGUAUGAAUGUAAGAAAGAUAAUUUUUUUUUAAUUUUUAUAUGGCAUCAUGGAGUGGAAAUUGUUGAUGUUGAAAAUUAGUUGAUCCUGUAGUCUUAAAAAGAGUACUUAAAAAAGCAAUUUCGCUCUUCAGAAAUUUUAAAAAAAGUUGAUUUUUGCUC